GAAGCUUGCGGGCGACGCCGCCGGGACAGCCGCCUGGGUCACCAAUGUGGGCAACGAGCACGGGCAGGUGCUCAUGUCCGUGCUUACAGAGUCCGAGGGGAACGGACUUUUGCCCAUGGCGGCAGGACUGGUGCGGCGGUAUACGGACGCCGGAAAGACCCCUCCUCAGGUUCUGUACGUGGACCGGGACUGCUGUAGCGCUGCAGGACAGUGCAAGGGUUGUCACCACCGACAGCCACCAGCUGUACGGCCUCUUCAUGGCGCGGUUGUCCUUCGCCAUUUUCGAGUGGGACAGCGGCGACGUGGACCGCCUGACAGAGGCCAAGCAGUCCGAGGAGGGGAGGGACGCCCACAUCACCUUGUCGGCCAGGGAGCUCGCUCGUCACUGCCGCCGCCGCACCAGAGGCGCGCAGGAGACAGAGCGGCUCAUCCAGGAGGUGCUGGACUCCUUCUGGGCGGCAGCCGACACCAUGGGCGUCCCGCUCAUCGACCGUGCCAGGAUGGAGGAGAUUUGGAGCACGCAGUGUCGUCACCUCCACUGCAUACAGGACCCUCCGGGAGUGGAGCUGUACGCCAAGAAGGGGGAGGUGACCGGGGGGGGGGUCAGGCUCCCCGUCUUCCGCUGUGCCAGAGGCUCCACGUCCCUGGAAUCAUUUCACCUCCACCUGUGCCGAUUCAUUCCAGGCACAUCUGCCAAUGCUCUCCACUUCCAGGUGUACCUGUUGGAGGGCCUGGUGAGGUGGAAUGAAAACCGGGCCAGGGCAUCAGUGGAGGGUGCUCAGAGGACAACGCUGCGUUGCUACAGUGCCCAGCUGCAGCAUAGCUUCAACCAGCUCACCCAAGAGUUUCUGGGUCUGACGCUGGUUGAAAAUUACACCCAGCCCGGGGAGUACACAGGGGAGCUGAUCGGGGUGGAGUACCUGUACUUCCAGACGGGCGCUGUUCUGCAAGAGGAUGUCGGCCGGGAUCCAGACGCUCCUGAUGGGACAGACGGGGCAGAAGACGUGUGGGAGGACGAGUACGAUGAGGACAAGGGGUUCCAGGAGGAGCUCGCUGACAUGAGGUUUGCCGACAACCUCAGCAGUCUCCUCCGACCAUCACAGCCUCAACCUCAGCCUCUGACCCCUCCCUCGUCAUCCCAGUCGGGCCCGGCCGCACCAGAGCCGAUGGAGAUGGAGGAGGAGGAGGAGGAGGAAGACCUUCAAGUCGGGCCCUUCACUACGCGCCCACAUGCCAGGGAUGGACAGUGUGAAACGUGCCUACCUUGGGCAGGGCGCAGGAGCGGCACUCUCUCCAAAAGCCAGCAGGAUUGUGGAGGCUGUGUUUUUGGAGCAGUGCCGCAUACACUACAAGGGUCAUACCUUGGCAGGGACGCGAGUCAUCCGCUGGGGGGCUGUCAGGAAGGACUACUCUCUCAUCAGAGACAACGUUCACAACAGCAGAGACCUCUUGGCAGCUGCCCCCAUCAAGUUGUAUGAGGUUAACCAGCGGACCCUUCUGCAGUGGCACAAUGGUGCUGGAGCAAGGCGAUGAUGACGGACAUGGUGCGUGUGGCU